AUUAUAUUUUAAAAUGUAGUAAUGCAAUUUGUGCACUCUUCGAACUCUUAGUAUUUGAAACUAAUUUUAAAUAUCUGUACUAUGUUCCAUUUUGCAACAACAAAAGAUAAUUUUAUUACUCUAAACAGAGACAAUCCAGUAGCAAUGUAGCAUAAGGUGUACUUUGUGAACAAACCAAGUGCAAAGAUACGCAACAAAAUAGAACAGACCAAAAAAAAACUAAUCCAAACACACCACUGCGGCACUGCCUGCAUCAUAAAGAAAAACCAGCAUCCUUGAUUGAAAUGCAAUCCACACCCAUAUGAAAAUUUACAUGAACUUGACCACCUUUACACCUUGAAUGCAAGAACACAUCAAUUCAUGAUGUCACCACUGCAAUCUUCAAAACAAUUCAAUACUCUACCCCUAAUGUUGCCAACGGUCUGCAACAUGCAUAACAGAAGCCACUGUAAGCGACAUCAACAAUCAUUUGAUGAUGAUGAUGACGACGACGAUGACAAUGAUUGUCAACUUCAAGAAGAAUUAGAGAGAUUGGUCAGGCUUGAACACUUUUUUGAGAACGCGCUGAAGGAUAAUAGGGCCAAGUUUAUGCAGGUUCGCAUAGAGUUGAAGACUGUUCUCAAGGCUAGAGCCAAAAUAGCUUCCCUGGAGUUUGAAGUUUUCUCUCCCACCAUUAUUCGAAACAAGAAAGUUACAAGGUCAAGACCCAAAAGACCUAUUUUUACGAGUGGGCUGGUUGGAAGAAUGGGGAUGUUGCUCUUUUCUAGAAUAAUCAGGAAGAAGUGUACCAGUACUAAGGUUUAAACAUUAUAGUAGCUUUAAGCUUUAAAAGCUUGUAUCCGUUCAAGAAUAAGAGACCAACUGUUUUCAAAAUCAGAAACAGUAACAAAUCAAUAAUAAGUUUGCUUCAUACCUUAUCUCUUUCUAGCCAUGGCUACUACUAUUGUUCAUUACAAUGGUGAAG